AUGGAAGGCACAAAUGGGUCGAAGCGUAUCGUGAUGCCUGGCGCUACAAAUAUCGCCCCGGCCUACUUCCUCGAUAGCGAAAAAGCAGAGGACCCCAAGACAGCUGACGUCGAGAUGAAUUCUCUUCCUGGGGGUAAAGAAGUGGAAGAAAGGGACUUCCGUCGCAAACAGGUGUUCUCAGGGUGGAAACUGGCAUGGCUUACCUACCAGUCCCUCGGAGUCAUCUACGGUGACAUCGGCACGAGUCCUCUCUACGUUUACUCCAGCACCUUCAGCAGUGAACCUAGCCAGGCAGAUAUUCUUGGAGCGGUUUCUCUUGUUAUUUGGGCCCUCACAAUCAUGGUCACUAUCAAAUAUGUCUUCAUCGUUCUUCGUGCAGAUGAUGAGGGGGAGGGUGGUACAUUUGCACUGUACUCUCUUCUCUCCAGAUAUGCUAAGCUGGUUCGGUAUGACCCUCGCCACUCGGAUUUGGUUCGAAUGCAACGUUUCGACACAGACGAUCUGCAAAAGCCCAAUUUGAUGACUCGUAGUAUUAUGGAGCGAAGCACUGCCAUCAAAUGGAUUCUGAAAGUGGUCGGCGCUUUUGGUGUGGCGUUGAUUCUGGCAGAUGGUGUUCUUACUCCAGCACAGUCGAUCUUGGGCGCUAUUCAAGGAGUCACUGUUGUUAAUCCAAACAUGUCCACAUCGGCAGUCGUGGGCAUUUCAUGUGGAAUUUUGGUGCUAGUUUUCGCCGUCCAGCCAUUUGGAACCACUAGGAUUGCGAGCACUUUCGCGCCAAUCGUUAUUGUUUGGAUGCUUUUCAACCUCAUCUUUGGAAUUUACAACUUGGUGAUGUUCGACGCCUCUAUCCUCAAGGCAUUCUCGCCAUACUUUGCCGGUGCCUUCUUGAUGCGAAACAAAAGGGAUGGAUGGCUGUCUCUUGGAGGAAUCCUACUUGCCUUUACUGGUGUCGAGACCCUGUUCGCUGAUCUGGGGGCGUUUACCCGAAGAUCAAUCCAGAUUUCGUGGCUCUGUUUUGUUUACCCAUGUCUCCUCAUUUCGUACAUUGGCCAAGGAGCCCACAUCAGCGUUCAUCCCAGUGCCUAUGCCAACCCGUUCUAUCUGACUGUCCCCCCUGGCAUGCUCUGGCCCAGUCUGAUUGUGGCUGUUCUGGCGUGUAUUGUUGCAAGCCAGGCGGUCAUCACCGGGGCUUACCAGCUACUGUCUCAAAUCAUGAAACUAUCAUAUUUCCCUCAAGUAAAGAUCUACCAUACUUCAAAGACUUUCCAUGGCCAAGUUUACAUUCCCAUCGCGAAUUGGCUAAUGAUGAUUGGGACAAUCAUCGUGACCGCAGUCUACAACAACACAACUCGACUUGGCGAAGCCUAUGGAACAUGUGUCAUCCUAGUCUCAUUUCUCACCACCUGCAUGGUGGCUGUCGUUGCCCUCAUCGUAUGGAGACUCUCAAUCUGGAUCGUCAUCCCAAUCUUCAUCAUUUUCGUCCUCUGGGAUGGCAUGUUUCUAUCAGCCGCCAUAAGCAAAGUGCCCCACGGUGCAUGGUUUACCCUUAUGUUAGCCGUGAUACUGACUUGCCUCUUUAUCCUCUGGCGUUACGGCAAAGAAGAGCAAUGGAACGCGGAAGAAUCCGACAAUGUUCCUCUCUACCAGACCACCGUCCUACGCGACAACCAGCUCUAUCUAAAAUUUGACAGCGAAGAGUCUUCCAUCCGACGGACCAGAGGACUUGGAAUAUUUUUCGAUAAGUCCGGGAGUGCAGUGAAUACCCCCACGGUGUUUCUCCAUUUCCUGCAAAAGUUCAGCGCAAUGCCGGAGGUGACAAUUUUUCUUCACCUGCGACCUCUGUCUAUCCCCACAGUUGCUCCUGAGGAGAGAUACACUAUCACGCGGUGUUUCACAAAGGGCGAUGAUUCGACUAAGCAGCCGAUUCCUAAUUGUUAUCGUUUGAUGGUGCGACAUGGAUACACCGAUGAGAUUAUCACUCCAGACUUGGGUAUACAUGUUCUGGGGCUAGUCCGCGGGUUCCUAAAAUGCUCAGAUAUUGUCAAUGACGAGGAUACUGAAGUGGCUGCUUUGAACUGCGCCUCGAAUUCGCAGGUUAUCUACAUUGUUGGCAAGGAGCAGCUCAAUAUCACCAAGGAACGGAACUAUUUCCGGCGCAUGAUCCUUUGGAUGUUCUUGCUCAUAAGGGAUUCUAGCCGGACGAAGAUUCAGAAUCUGAAUGUUGAGAUGGAGCGAUUGGUCGAAGUUGGCUUUGUGAAAAGGAUGUGA